AUGUCAGACGUUGAGACACCGGAGCAGUCUGCUUCGACUCCAACGCCUCAGCUGACGCCCAAGGCCAAAGGCAGAGGCAAAGGGCGAGGCAGGAAAGCCGCCGCUCCCAAGAAGGAGCCACCCAAACCCGCGGCCACUGCGGGAACAGGUCGACGCGGCCGCUUCAAGCAGUUCGCCGACGACAAAGUCCAGGCAAACUAUGAACGCCAACGCGAGCUCAAGGCCACUUAUGCUGCUCUCGCCAACGUCGUAAAGCCGGCCCUUCAGGACCUGGCCUCCCGAACCGUCAAAAAACUCACCAAGGAUGAGGCGUACCACAUGCUGGUGCCGGAGUUUGCGGUUGUCAGCGAACACGUCGAUAUGCGCCUCGACAGGCAACUCGCCUUUUCAGAGAAUAAGCUGGCGAUUGCCGCCAAGAUGACCUUCAAGGCCAAACACAUCCAGCUGGGUGCUGUUCGCGAUAUUUACAAGAACGGGUUUGAAGACCUUGAAGACGAAUUUUUGGACGCGCAACUUCAUCGCCUCGACAUCUUGGAAUACCUCCACGAUCAUGGCCUACCCGUUGACCUCGUCGAUGGCGGCUGGAACUACAAGCAAAUUUCGGACAAAGAAGCCGAUGAGUUUGGCAUUUAUGAAGUCUACGUCGACGGCAAACUUGUCCCCUACCCUCAACUCGUCGAGGGAACUGAAGCCAAUGCCCUCAGACAGGCUGCUUGGGCCGAGCCUCAGCCAGCCAAGGACAGUCUUGCACCACCUGCCUCCACCGCCGCUGCGACACGGACCAAGCGCAAAGCAAAGGACCAACCCGAUGGCCAGCCUGCUUCCAAGAGGUCUGCUGGUGAUGUCGCACCUGUCCGUCACAUCGCUGGUAUCAUGUCGGCUCAGCAUGCUCCUAUUGAGGACGAGUCGAAUGAGAGUACGCCGGUCCCCGAGGGCCCAGUGACGGCUGACCAAAGAGAACCGGCCUUGCCAGCAAAGGCGUCCGAACCAGAUGAGUACGGAUGCCGGCAGGUCAACCGCCCUACUGCCAAGAACGGCGCUAGUAUCGCCAACCGUCUUAUUGUUCCCCCGUCAUUCCAGUUCGACGACGACGAAAUUGGGUAUCGCGAUUCGACAAACUCCGCUAGGCAUGGAGCUACCCUCGCAAAGCGUGGCAAGUAUCUCGGCAAGCCCAACUCGAACACAUGGCAUUACGAUCCUCUGCUUGCUCGUUGGGACGCUCGAGAAAUCGAAGAAGACGACUACGACAAGGAGCUCGUGGAUAGAUUUGCUGUCCAUCCGCGCUACGGCUAUUUCCUUCCAACCAGCAAGAACGACGCCGAGCCUCCGAAGCCGGAAGCAAACCCAAUGCACCCAACUGUGUUCCUGACGCCUUCUGGCAAAACCAUCCAUGCGUCUCGCGUCAUUCCCGUGGCAAAGGUCGAGAUUGCCUUGGCCGAUAAGCCUCAUCAAGAUAAAAUGGCGGCGGUUCUCUCCUUGGUCUGUGGCAAGGACGACAUCUCGCUGGAUGACAUCGAAGGUCCCGAGCUCAAGGCGUUGAAGGACAUACAGGCUGAGUAUGCCGAGCAGAGGCUUAUCGCCGAGUCUAUCAAGGAGUCAGAGCCUGAAAGCGUUGAAGACACGCCGGCCACCUCGCCUCUUCCCAUCAACGAUUCCGCCUUGAACAUUGCGGGCAUGGAGGAGCUUCUCGUGGCCGCUGAAGCUGUUGAAGCCGAGGCCAAGGAGGUUAAGCCUAUCGAGGCAAAGCCAGUGAUUCUGCCCGCUCCGACCCCCGUCAGACCUGCUACACGCGCGUACGACGCAAUUCGAGAUAUCUUUGGGGCCAGUGAGUCGCCCGCCCCCGAACCUCCUGCUCCUGUCGUGGUCACUGAGUCUCUCGACACCACCGCACUUGCGAUCCUUGCAGAUGCGUCCACUGCUACCUACACCACUCAUCCCGUGGACGUCGUUAUGGCCGAUGCGCCUGUUGGCCAGCCCAUCCCAGUUGAUGGACCUCCCCACAACCACAUCGAGUCCGGCUAUUCUAUCCAGGCCCUGCCAGCUGAGUCUCGUAUGCCGAUUGCACCUCCCAGCGACGGUGUCGGCUGGGUCGAGCCCCGUAUCGCCUCUCCGGGAGUCGACAACCGGAUCCAUCCAUCCAUCGAGACUGGCCCGAUGAGGGAUUCUCAUCCAAAUCAACUACCCCCCGCACGCCCAGUUGAGAUGUCGCAGAUGCGGUCUUCCAUCGAUGCUUCCAGUGACACGCGCCGACACUCUAUGUACCACGAGCACAACGGCCCUUCCGCCUACAGUGAGCAGCACCUACCCCCUCCUCACCCACAGCAACACUAUAUGGCAGUAGAUCCAAUGAUCGAUCCGCGCCUCUACUCCGCACCGAUGGAGGCGCAGAGCGGACACCACGAAUACCAUCAGCAGGCCUAUAACCAGAACCAGCAGACGUACCAAUUGCCGGGGAUGUCUCUGCAAGGAAGCCCUAUGGCCCAAGGCCCUCCCCAACUUCAGCAGUCCGGCUCUACCGCCCGGAUGCCAUUUACGAAUCCCUCUCAGGACAGAAGCUCCCCGCUUCCCCCUUUGCGGCCGUCACGUGGCCGCAAAAGCGCCCCUGCCGCACCAGAGCAGCCUAUGCCUGUUGAGCACCAGCAAGUCCAGCAGCAACAGCAGCAACCUCCGCCGCCGUUCAUGAACAGCAACAGUGGCUCUUUCUACCCGCCCGGCCCGCCGAGGCCCUACCAUAAUGGCUACUCCCAGGAGCAGCCGGGGAUGCCGCCCAUGAUGGGGCAAUAUCCGCCUUAUCCCGGGUCGCAGCCCCACCGCCGCCUCCGCAGCAGCAACAGCAGCAGUCGAAGCGGUUCAUCCACACCGAGCGCCCCGGGCAACAGCAAAUACCCCAAGCUGGCUCCUGCCCCCCUGCCUGCUCACAGAGUUGGCUGGCCUCAGGGCCCCGAGCUUAGAACCGUCCAGUAUGAUUACAAGGAGAACAUCAAGGACUAUUCGCCCACCGAGCCUCCUCCGCGUCGCGGCCCUGUGAUUGCCAAGAAGGCGGUCACAAAGAAGGCAGCUCCUAGGAAGUCCGCUUCCAAGAGGCAGGAGUGCAAGGAGACGUAA